AUGGCUAGUCGCCGUUUGCUUCUCUUAGCUCUGUUAUUGUUCGGUUCCGGCCUUUCCGGUUCUGCCCGGAAUCAUGAACGCGAAAUCGACACCUUUCAGUUCACAGCAUCGGUUUACAAUGUGUCAUUGGAAGAGAACGCCCGUGGCAAAGAUAUUUAUGCGAUCGUAAAUGAACCCAUUCGAAUGGGUGUGCCGCUCCCA